AAUUCUAAUAUAAAUUGUGCAGCAAAUCGCUUCAAUGGUCGCAUUCAGCAAAUAACUUUGUAAGCGCUCUAACCGCAGUCGCAUUCAACUAAGUAAAAUUAUUCAUCAAUAUUGCUACAUUUUAUUGCCGCAACAAUGAAAGCGUACGCGAAUUUGUGCAUUGUCAUCGCCAUGAUUUCGAUUAUUGCCUCUUUCGGAGCCGAAGGAUAUGGCAUGCGUGGCGGCGCGCGCGGUUUGCGGCCGGAUGAGGUGCAGGAGGAGAUACCGCAAGAGCUUAGCCCAAGAGCACGACGCGCUGCAGUAGACGAGGCACCCGAGGAUGUGCCACAGGAGUUCAGGGAGAGAUACCGUCGAGCUGUUCCAAAAGCUGUAGAUGAAGCGCCUGAACAGGUACCACAGGAAAUUGAGCAUAAAGAGAGGUUCCGCCGCUCGCCAUCAAAGAUUGCUGAGGAAGCACCAGAAGAAGCGCCAAAAGGCUUACAUGGCGCCAGGCAUCGUCGCUCACCCCAAAUGCCCGUCCCUGACGGCAUGCCUCCGAUGCCACCAAUGCCACCAAUGCCCCAAUAAGGAUUUUACUAAAGAACCAGUGCAAUGGUCCGCCGCCACGUUGCAGAACAUGGACUCCCAUUCAACAUGAUGACACCAUUUUGAAAUCGUUACACGUAUAUUAUUUCACACAACAGAGAUGACAGCCGAAUUAUUUUAUCUUAUCAAACAAAUUUUUAAAAGAAACAAACUUUCCAAUAUUUCUUCAUUGUUAAAGUUUCGAGAAUAAAUACAUAUACUGGUAUUGAUGAGA